UCCCUUCCAUUGAUGAAAAAUUGAUACAAAAAGACCAAGUCUUCCUUCCACUGCUUCUGAUUCUUUCUUUUCACACUCCACAAUUUCCACCCUUUUGGCGCCCUCACACAUGACCUAUGAUCCACAUACAAAAGUAACAAACACCAAACCAAUUUUCUACUAUAAUAUAUAUUUAACAAUCACACGCCACAAAUUUUAAUCACAUGAUAUUCUAUAAAAGUCCAAUGAUUGUCUUCUUCUAGCUAUCUUAAUCACUUUUCCAGCAAUACAAGAAACUAUAAAACAAAUAUUAUCUUUCCCCUUAUAAGUUACAUCACUUAAUUUAUUUAGUAGAUCUCACUUUGCUUUAUUCAUUUUUCUCUUCCAUACACACCAUCACCAUUUUAUUAACAAACUUUAAUUACUUAUGGAUAUAUUCCGCAAAGCCAAGGCUGUUAGAUUCAAGAGUCAUCUAGACAAGUACCUAGUAGCCGAUGAUGAUCAAGAAAACACUCGUCAGAGCCGCAACGGUUCGUCGAAAAAAUCACGGUGGCUAGUGGAACUUGUCGAAGGAAAUAGCCACCUUAUCCGACUCAAGAGUUGUCAUGGCAAGUACCUCAUAGCUUCUGAUGAUUCAUUUCUUCUUGGCAUGACGGGAAACAAGGUUACUCAGACAUCACCUGAAAAUACGAACGACUUGAGAAUUGAAUGGGAACCAAUAAGAGAUGGAUUUCAAGUGAAAUUAAAGGCUUUUGGUGGAAGAUUUUUACGUGCAAAUGGAGGGACACCACCUUGGAGAAAUUCUGUCACACAUGAUAGUCCUCACACUGCGUCUACGCAUAACUGGAUUUUAUGGAAUGUGGAGACUGUUGAUAUACCGGAAAAUGAAAUGUUGUCAGAUUAUUUAUCGAUGGUUUCGAGCUUUUCGUCGGUUUCCGAUGAACUUUCCGGCUUGGAAAUGGGAUCUCCGGUCACGAGUACACGUUCAAGCUUCUCUUCCUCGCCAAAGAUAGCAAAGAGUAGUACUCCUGUGAUAAAAAAAACAGCAAUGGACCUCUUUUACAAGGCUAAAGCAGUACGCCUAAGAAGCUACCACGACAAGUACUUAACAGCAGAAGAAGAUGAAGAAACAGUAAUCCAAGAUCGUGAUGGUGCUUCCAAGAAUGCAACAUGGACAGUAGAAUUCAUCAACGAUACUGCUGAAAAAAAUACCAUACGACUCAAGAGUCGUUAUGGCAAGUACCUCACUGCUUCUAACCAGCGAUUUCUCUUAGGAAUGACGGGGAGAAAAGUGUUACAAACUCUGCCAAAAAGACUUGAUUCUUCAGUUGAAUGGGAACCCAUUAGAGAAGGGAAUCAAGUGAAGCUUAAGACAAGAUAUGGUCAGUUCUUGAGAGCUAAUGAUAGUAUUCCACCUUGGAGAAAUUCAGUUACACAUAAUAUACCUCAUCGUACUUCAACUCAAGAUUGGGUUUUGUGGGAUGUUGAUGUGGUCGAAAUCUUGGUUCAUUCUCCUGCUCCUAAGCCUCCUCCACCAUUGAUUCCUCACGAGGAAUCGUUUGCUGCUUCUGAAUCUAGUUCACCAUCAAUUGUUUCCUCAGCAUCCCCGGCCAGCUUUUCUAGACAAGAGUCAGGAGAGUUUUUGGCUAGUUCAUUGAUGAAGUUUGGUGAUGGGAGGUUGAUUUAUUAUCAUAUUGCCGAUGAAUAUGGAGAAAUCAAUGAGGGAGUGGAGGGGCUUUGCAUACCUUUCAAGGGAAACAGUGUUGAGGAGCUGAGGAAGACAUUGGAGGAAGAAACGGGGCUUGAGGACAUUACUGUGUGUACUAAGAGUCCUUUGAAUGGGAAGCUUUACCCUCUUCGUCUGCAGCUUCCUCCCAACAAUGCAAAUAUGGAUGUCAUUGUUGUACCAUCUGGCCUCAUCUAAAUAGCAGGAGAUUUUGCAAAUACAAGGAUGCCAAUGUAGAGCAAUUUGGAGGCACUACAAUUGGUGCAACAGAACAUCAUAUUUCUAGCAUUUCGGUCAAUGUGUGGGACAACCUAUUCAGCCCUCAGUGUUUAUAAAGCAUGUACAUAUAUUGUUUUGUGAAGAGAGUUGAAAGAUAGUUGUCACUAGAGUAGGUAGUUUGGCAGAUAUAUAGUUAUAUACCAUAUCUUAGCACUAAAUAAUGAAAAAUGAAGGAGAAUAGGUGGAAGAAGGGAGAUUCUUUUAAUUUUUUCCCCCUUCUCAGAGGGGGUGGAAUUGUUUAUUGAACUGAAUUUUGUAGCUAGAGUUAUAUAUCGUUUGGAGACUAGUUUGGCUGUAAAUUCUUUAUCAUUGAGAUCGAAAUUUACCACUUUCUCUGGA